AGCCUCGUUCCCGCUCCCAGGCUCCCUGGAUCGGGAGCCGACCCGCCUCCUGAGUAUCGAGGCCGCUGAUUGGUCGCGGGCGUCUGCUCGGCGGGGCCCAAUCAGGAGGCGCAGGGCGGCGGGGUCCGGCCGGGAGGAGACGGAGCGAGAGGCGGCGGCGGCCGGUCACAGGCAAUGGCAGAGGAGCUGCCCCCCUCCCUCUUCUUCCAGCACCAGUACAUGUGCUCCGAGUGCGGCCUGCUCUACAACACGCUGGAGGAGGUGCUCAUUCACCAGCAGAGCCACCUGGGGGAGCCCUGCCAGCCCCCCGGCGCUGCCCCCGCCGUGGCCCUCGACGUGGGGCCCCUGCAGGAGAACCACUACCAGUGCCUGGAGUGCGGGCGUGUCCUGCUCUCGCCCGACGAGCUGCUGGCCCACCAGAGCCUGCACCCCCGCCAGGGGCCUGCCCGCCCGGCCCCCCCUGCCUCCGCCAGCCAGAUUCACUACCAGUGCAGCGAGUGCAAGGAGCUCUUUGCCGCGCCCGACCUGUGGCUGGCCCAUCGCCAGAGCCACAAGGUCCAGGAGCCCGUGGCCACCCCCCAGCCGCUGCCCCCUCCCCCGCCAACCCCCUCUCCGGCCCAGCCGGCCAUGCACCCCUACGAAUGCUCGGAGUGCGCCGGCCUCUUCCAGACGCCUGAGGAGCUGCUGGAGCACCAGGGCGAGCACUUCACCGAGACGGAGAAGGAGAGCGGGGAGCCGGCGGUGCCUGAGGGGGUCAAACACGAAGUCCCCCGCUCCCCCACCCCCUCACAGCAGAUGCCGACACCGGCCCCGCCGCGGGCCUGGCGCUGCGGCGAGUGCAAGCAGGAGUUUGGCACGGCGGAGGAGCUGCGGCGCCACCGCCGAGAGCACGCCUCGGAAGAGUUCCUGUGCGGCGAGUGCCAGCGCGGCUUCACCACGGCCAACCGGCUGUUGGCUCACCAGCGAGUGCACGUGGACGGCACGCACGAGUGCCCCAACUGCAGCAAAGUCUUCAAGAAGGCGGCCUCGCUGGAGCAGCACAUGCGUAUUCACAAGGGCGAGGCCCUGUACCUGUGCGUCGACUGUGGCCUUGGCUUCGGCACCGAGAUGACGCUGGUGGUGCACCGCAAAAGCCACACGGCCAACCCCCUGCACCGCUGCGCCUGUGGCAAAACCUUCAGCAACAUGACCAAGUUCCUCUACCACCGCCGCACCCACGCAGGCAAGAGUGGGGCCCCGCCGGCCCGCGCUCGCGCCCCCGAUCCAGAGCCGGCCCAGCCGCCCGAUCCGGAGCCGGCCCAGCCGCCCGCCGUUGGGGCAGUGAACGGCUCGUUGGUGCCCCCUGCCGGCGGCAGCUUCCUGUGCCCGCAGUGCGGCAAGGAGUUCUCCAGCCACAUCCGCAUGGUGCGGCACAAGCGGGUGGUGCACGUGCUGGAACGCAAGCACAAGUGCCCCACCUGCGGCAAGACCUUCAAGAAGCUGGUGCACGUCCGGAACCACCUGCGCACGCACACUGGGGAGCGCCCCUUCCAGUGCACUGAGUGCGGCAAGACCUUCGCCUCCCAGGCCAACCUGAUGCGGCACCACCUGACCCACACCGGUGAGCGCCCCUACCAGUGCGACGUCUGCCAGAAGCGCUUCACCCAGUCCUCCAACUUGCAGCAGCAUCGGCUGCUUCACUCGGGUGCCGGCCCCUUCCCCUGCCAGGACUGCGACGCCACCUUCUCGCGGGCCCACAAGCUGGCCCUGCAUCGCGUCAGCCACACGGGCCAGUUGCCCUUCCAGUGCCCCGAGUGCGACAAAUCCUUCGCCCGCAAGCGGCUACUGGAGCUGCACCGGCUGGCCCAUGCCGGACGCGAGCCCCACCGCUGCCCGGACUGCGGCGCCCUCUUUGUCCGCCUGGCCAAGCUGGAGGAGCACCGCUGUGCCCACAAGAAGCUCUACCCGUGCCCAUCCUGCGGCAAGUGCCUGGGUUCCCUGGCCAAGCUGGCGCUGCACCAGCUGGUGCACUCCGGCCAGCGCCCUUUCACCUGCAGCCUCUGCGGCAAGGGCUUCACCAACCCGAGCGGGCUGAGCCGGCACCAGCAGCGCCACACGGGCGUGCGCCCCCACAAGUGCCCACUCUGCUCCAAGACCUUUGUGGCGGCCUCGGGGCUGCAGCUGCACCAGCGCACGCACACAGGCGAGCGCCCCUUCCCCUGCCCGGAGUGUGGCAAGGCCUUCCGGCAGGCCACCCACCUGCGGGAGCACCGGCGCCUGCACACCGGCGAGCGCCCCUACCAGUGCCCAGAGUGCGGCAAGGCCUUCAUCCAGUCCAUGCACCUGGCCGAGCACCGGCGCAUCCACACCGGGGAGCGCCCGCACCGCUGCCCGCACUGUGCCAAGGCCUUCAAGACCCUCUCCAACCUGCGCAGCCACCGCAAGACCCAUGGGGCUCCCGCUGCCCCCCCAGCCCCACCCGCUGCCCAGCCCACGCAGACCAUCAUGUGCACCGAGUUCGGGGAGACCAUCGCCAUCAUAGAGACGGCGGAGCCACUGCCCCUGGUGGAGACCAUCGAAAUCUACCAGGCUGCCUUGGAGGGCAGCCUCCAGGUGGACAAUCUGCACGUCAACGCCUUCGUAUAGGGGCGCAGCCCCCCUGUAAAUAAAAGUUCUGGUUUCGCCCGUU